AUGUCGAUCGAAAUGGCGGCCUAUUGCUUCGAUGUGAUCCAAGCUUCUCUCAGGGGUACUGUAGAGCCUACAGUACCCCGGGAAAUUCCGGAUAUUGAGAGGUACUGUAGCCAUAAUUUUUGGACCGAAAAUUUUUUUUAUUAAUUUCAGGCCGCUUUUUGUGACGUGGAAAAAGGGGGCCGAUGAGGAUUUGCGAGGAUGUAUUGGGACUUUUUCGGAUUUGAGGUUUUGAAAAUUUGAAUUUUGAAAAUUCUCUAUUCAAAAUUUAAUUUCAGGCUAAGCCGCGGGCUCAAUGAAUAUGCCAAAAUUAGCGCGUUCCAAGAUACACGGUUCCGUCCGAUUACUUUGGACGAAAUUCCGAGUUUACACUGCGGGGUGAGUUGGUUUCAGCCAGGAAAUCUGGAAUCUGCUGAAAAUUCCAGGUUUUUUGGUGUAGAAAUUGUGAAAAAUCAUGGAUUUUGGAGCAUUUUGAGCUCAGGUUUUUUGAAAUGUUUGCAAUUUUGCGGCAUAGUUUUUUCGGGGAGAAAAAAGUACGCCGCAAAAUUGCUUUUUAUUGUUGCAAAAACCUGCCUGAACCUUGAAACUUCAGCAAAAUUCGGAUGAAAAUCAAAAAUUUGCUGAAAUUCCAGGGUUCUCGCGCAGGGAAAUCUAUCGCCAAUUUUUUUUUCAGAAUUUUCAUUUUUUGAAAUUAAAAAUUUUUCGAAAUUUUCAUUUUUUGAAAUUAAAAUUUUGAAACGUGACCUUUCUUAAAAUAUUACCACGUCACUCAUUUUUUCAUGAAAAAUUUUUAUUUUCCUUUUUUUUCAUUUGCGAAAUUUUAAUUUUUAGUAAGUUUAAGUUAUGACGUGGCAAAGUUGAUGCAUUUCCUAAAAAAUCUUAAAAUUUUCAUCUGAAAACCUGCCUGAACCUUGAAAUUUCAGCAAAAUUUGGAUGAAAAUCGAAAAAUUGCUGAAAUUUCCGGGUUCUCGCGCAGGGAAAUCUAUCGCCGAUUUUUGAAUCGAAUUUAAUUUCAGGUCUCGAUUCUGGUUGAUUUCGAAGAUUGCACAAAUUACAACGAUUGGCAAAUCGGAACUCAUGGAGUUCGCAUGCGAUUCAAUUAUCGCGGCUCGAAUUAUAGCGCUGUUUUUUUGCCGGAAGUUAUGCCGGAACAAGGUUAGCCGUCCGGAAAUUGCCUUUUUUGACUGAAAAUUCAGCUUUAAACCAUAUUUUUGAGCCUAGAGAAUCAAUUUUCAGCCGUUGACACGUUGAUUUUCAGAUUCCUCGUGAAAUUCUAGCCCGGAAACAUGUAUAAAACAAAAAUUGUUCACUAGCGGGAUCGAACCCGACCUCUCUAGAUCAGUGAAUUGACCUUUAACCAACUGAGCCGUUUUUUGCCGGGUAAAAGGUCGCGGGUUCGAUACCUCGUGCGCGCUACAUGUUUCCGGGGUAGAAUUUCACGAGGAAUCCGAUAAUCCACGUGGCUAGGUCCAAUUUUCAGACAAAAUCUUAAAAUUUCAGGCUGGAAUCAUGUGCAAACCAUCGACAAUCUCAUCAAAAAAUCAGGAUUUUCUGGAAAAAUCGAUGAAAAUCUGCGAAACUCGCUGAAAUGUGUCCGAUUUCAAAGUCAGAAAUUUGUACUCUCCUAUAACGACUACGUGGCUUACAAGAACUCGAAAAAUUGA